AUGACCUGCCGCAGGGCCGAUCCAUGUUCGCCAAAACGUCCCUCAUCUGCGGCUCGGCGAUCUCGAUGGAGAUACACCUACGCAAGCAAGUCAGUGUGGGCGCGUGCGACUAGGCAGGUAUCGUGUGUUCUCGCUAAAACUCGCAUAGAAUCAUAUCUAAUUAAUGUACUAUCCGUUGUCCUCACACUAUCGUUGUCCUCACAUCUCCCCUCGCUUCCUCACAUCUCCCUCGCUUCCUCACAUCUCCCUCGCUUCCUCACAUCUCCCUCGCUUCCUCACAUCUCCCUGCGCGCUUCCUCACAUCUCCCUGCGCGCUUCCUCACAUCUCCCUGCGCGCUUCCUCACAUCUCCCUGCGCGCUUCCUCACAUCUCCCUGCGCGCUUCCUCACAUCUCCCUGCGCGCUUCCUCACAUCUCCCUGCGCGCUUCCUCACAUCUCCCUGCGCGCUUCCUCACAUCUCCCUGCGCGCUUCCUCACAUCUCCCUGCGCGCUUCCUCACAUCUCCCUGCGCGCUUCCUCACAUCUCCCUGCUCGCUUCCUCACAUCUCCCUGCUCGCUUCCUCACAUCUCCCUGCGCGCUUCCUCACAUCUCCCUGCGCGCUUCCUCACAUCUCCCUGCGCGCUUCCUCACAUCUCCCUGCGCGCUUCCUCACAUCUCCCUGCGCGCUUCCUCACAUCUCCCUGCUCGCUUCCUCACAUCUCCCUGCUCGCUUCCUCACAUCUCCCUGCUCGCUUCCUCACAUCUCCCUGCUCGCUUCCUCACAUCUCCCUGCUCGCUUCCUCACAUCUCCCUGCUCGCUUCCUCACAUCUCCCUGCUCGCUUCCUCACAUCUCCCUGCUCGCUUCCUCACAUCUCCCUGCGCGCUUCCUCACAUCUCCCUGCUCGCUUCCUCACAUCUCCCUGCUCGCUUCCUCACAUCUCCCUGCUCGCUUCCUCACAUCUCCCUGCUCGCUUCCUCACAUCUCCCUGCUCGCUUCCUCACAUCUCCCUGCUCGCUUCCUCACAUCUCCCUGCUCGCUUCCUCACAUCUCCCUGCUCGCUUCCUCACAUCUCCCUGCUCGCUUCCUCACAUCUCCCUGCUCGCUUCCUCACAUCUCCCUGCUCGCUUCCUCACAUCUCCCUGCUCGCUUCCUCACAUCUCCCUGCUCGCUUCCUCACAUCUCCCUGCUCGCUUCCUCACAUCUCCCUGCUCGCUUCCUCACAUCUCCCUGCUCGCUUCCUCACAUCUCCCUGCUCGCUUCCUCACAUCUCCCUGCUCGCUUCCUCACAUCUCCCUGCUCGCUUCCUCACAUCUCCCUGCUCGCUUCCUCACAUCUCCCUGCUCGCUUCCUCACAUCUCCCUGCUCGCUUCCUCACAUCUCCCUGCUCGCUUCCUCACAUCUCCCUGCUCGCUUCCUCACAUCUCCCUGCUCGCUUCCUCACAUCUCCCUGCUCGCUUCCUCACAUCUCCCUGCUCGCUUCCUCACAUCUCCCUGCUCGCUUCCUCACAUCUCCCUGCUCGCUUCCUCACAUCUCCCUGCUCGCUUCCUCACAUCUCCCUGCUCGCUUCCUCACAUCUCCCUGCUCGCUUCCUCACAUCUCCCUGCUCGCUUCCUCACAUCUCCCUGCUCGCUUCCUCACAUCUCCCUGCUCGCUUCCUCACAUCUCCCUGCUCGCUUCCUCACAUCUCCCUGCUCGCUUCCUCACAUCUCCCUGCUCGCUUCCUCACAUCUCCCUGCGCGCUUCCUCACAUCUCCCUGCUCGCUUCCUCACAUCUCCCUGCUCGCUUCCUCACAUCUCCCUGCUCGCUUCCUCACAUCUCCCUGCUCGCUUCCUCACAUCUCCCUGCUCGCUUCCUCACAUCUCCCUGCUCGCUUCCUCACAUCUCCCUGCUCGCUUCCUCACAUCUCCCUGCUCGCUUCCUCACAUCUCCCUGCUCGCUUCCUCACAUCUCCCUGCUCGCUUCCUCACAUCUCCCUGCUCGCUUCCUCACAUCUCCCUGCUCGCUUCCUCACAUCUCCCUGCUCGCUUCCUCACAUCUCCCUGCUCGCUUCCUCACAUCUCCCUGCUCGCUUCCUCACAUCUCCCUGCUCGCUUCCUCACAUCUCCCUGCUCGCUUCCUCACAUCUCCCUGCUCGCUUCCUCACAUCUCCCUGCUCGCUUCCUCACAUCUCCCUGCUCGCUUCCUCACAUCUCCCUGCUCGCUUCCUCACAUCUCCCUGCUCGCUUCCUCACAUCUCCCUGCUCGCUUCCUCACAUCUCCCUGCUCGCUUCCUCACAUCUCCCUGCUCGCUUCCUCACAUCUCCCUGCUCGCUUCCUCACAUCUCCCUGCUCGCUUCCUCACAUCUCCCUGCUCGCUUCCUCACAUCUCCCUGCUCGCUUCCUCACAUCUCCCUGCUCGCUUCCUCACAUCUCCCUGCUCGCUUCCUCACAUCUCCCUGCUCGCUUCCUCACAUCUCCCUGCUCGCUUCCUCACAUCUCCCUGCUCGCUUCCUCACAUCUCCCUGCUCGCUUCCUCACAUCUCCCUGCGCGCUUCCUCACAUCUCCCUGCGCGCUUCCUCACAUCUCCCUGCGCGCUUCCUCACAUCUCCCUGCGCGCUUCCUCACAUCUCCCUGCGCGCUUCCUCACAUCUCCCUGCUCGCUUCCUCACAUCUCCCUGCUCGCUUCCUCACAUCUCCCUGCUCGCUUCCUCACAUCUCCCUGCUCGCUUCCUCACAUCUCCCUGCUCGCUUCCUCACAUCUCCCUGCUCGCUUCCUCACAUCUCCCUGCUCGCUUCCUCACAUCUCCCUGCUCGCUUCCUCACAUCUCCCUGCUCGCUUCCUCACAUCUCCCUGCGCGCUUCCUCACAUCUCCCUGCUCGCUUCCUCACAUCUCCCUGCUCGCUUCCUCACAUCUCCCUGCUCGCUUCCUCACAUCUCCCUGCUCGCUUCCUCACAUCUCCCUGCUCGCUUCCUCACAUCUCCCUGCUCGCUUCCUCACAUCUCCCUGCUCGCUUCCUCACAUCUCCCUGCUCGCUUCCUCACAUCUCCCUGCUCGCUUCCUCACAUCUCCCUGCUCGCUUCCUCACAUCUCCCUGCUCGCUUCCUCACAUCUCCCUGCUCGCUUCCUCACAUCUCCCUGCUCGCUUCCUCACAUCUCCCUGCUCGCUUCCUCACAUCUCCCUGCUCGCUUCCUCACAUCUCCCUGCUCGCUUCCUCACAUCUCCCUGCUCGCUUCCUCACAUCUCCCUGCUCGCUUCCUCACAUCUCCCUGCUCGCUUCCUCACAUCUCCCUGCUCGCUUCCUCACAUCUCCCUGCUCGCUUCCUCACAUCUCCCUGCUCGCUUCCUCACAUCUCCCUGCUCGCUUCCUCACAUCUCCCUGCUCGCUUCCUCACAUCUCCCUGCUCGCUUCCUCACAUCUCCCUGCUCGCUUCCUCACAUCUCCCUGCUCGCUUCCUCACAUCUCCCUGCUCGCUUCCUCACAUCUCCCUGCUCGCUUCCUCACAUCUCCCUGCUCGCUUCCUCACAUCUCCCUGCUCGCUUCCUCACAUCUCCCUGCUCGCUUCCUCACAUCUCCCUGCUCGCUUCCUCACAUCUCCCUGCUCGCUUCCUCACAUCUCCCUGCUCGCUUCCUCACAUCUCCCUGCUCGCUUCCUCACAUCUCCCUGCUCGCUUCCUCACAUCUCCCUGCGCGCUUCCUCACAUCUCCCUGCUCGCUUCCUCACAUCUCCCUGCUCGCUUCCUCACAUCUCCCUGCUCGCUUCCUCACAUCUCCCUGCUCGCUUCCUCACAUCUCCCUGCUCGCUUCCUCACAUCUCCCUGCUCGCUUCCUCACAUCUCCCUGCUCGCUUCCUCACAUCUCCCUGCUCGCUUCCUCACAUCUCCCUGCUCGCUUCCUCACAUCUCCCUGCUCGCUUCCUCACAUCUCCCUGCUCGCUUCCUCACAUCUCCCUGCUCGCUUCCUCACAUCUCCCUGCUCGCUUCCUCACAUCUCCCUGCUCGCUUCCUCACAUCUCCCUGCUCGCUUCCUCACAUCUCCCUGCUCGCUUCCUCACAUCUCCCUGCUCGCUUCCUCACAUCUCCCUGCUCGCUUCCUCACAUCUCCCUGCUCGCUUCCUCACAUCUCCCUGCUCGCUUCCUCACAUCUCCCUGCUCGCUUCCUCACAUCUCCCUGCUCGCUUCCUCACAUCUCCCUGCUCGCUUCCUCACAUCUCCCUGCUCGCUUCCUCACAUCUCCCUGCUCGCUUCCUCACAUCUCCCUGCUCGCUUCCUCACAUCUCCCUGCUCGCUUCCUCACAUCUCCCUGCUCGCUUCCUCACAUCUCCCUGCUCGCUUCCUCACAUCUCCCUGCUCGCUUCCUCACAUCUCCCUGCUCGCUUCCUCACAUCUCCCUGCUCGCUUCCUCACAUCUCCCUGCUCGCUUCCUCACAUCUCCCUGCUCGCUUCCUCACAUCUCCCUGCUCGCUUCCUCACAUCUCCCUGCUCGCUUCCUCACAUCUCCCUGCUCGCUUCCUCACAUCUCCCUGCUCGCUUCCUCACAUCUCCCUGCUCGCUUCCUCACAUCUCCCUGCUCGCUUCCUCACAUCUCCCUGCUCGCUUCCUCACAUCUCCCUGCUCGCUUCCUCACAUCUCCCUGCUCGCUUCCUCACAUCUCCCUGCUCGCUUCCUCACAUCUCCCUGCUCGCUUCCUCACAUCUCCCUGCUCGCUUCCUCACAUCUCCCUGCUCGCUUCCUCACAUCUCCCUGCUCGCUUCCUCACAUCUCCCUGCUCGCUUCCUCACAUCUCCCUGCUCGCUUCCUCACAUCUCCCUGCUCGCUUCCUCACAUCUCCCUGCUCGCUUCCUCACAUCUCCCUGCUCGCUUCCUCACAUCUCCCUGCUCGCUUCCUCACAUCUCCCUGCUCGCUUCCUCACAUCUCCCUGCUCGCUUCCUCACAUCUCCCUGCUCGCUUCCUCACAUCUCCCUGCUCGCUUCCUCACAUCUCCCUGCUCGCUUCCUCACAUCUCCCUGCUCGCUUCCUCACAUCUCCCUGCUCGCUUCCUCACAUCUCCCUGCUCGCUUCCUCACAUCUCCCUGCUCGCUUCCUCACAUCUCCCUGCUCGCUUCCUCACAUCUCCCUGCUCGCUUCCUCACAUCUCCCUGCUCGCUUCCUCACAUCUCCCUGCUCGCUUCCUCACAUCUCCCUGCUCGCUUCCUCACAUCUCCCUGCUCGCUUCCUCACAUCUCCCUGCUCGCUUCCUCACAUCUCCCUGCUCGCUUCCUCACAUCUCCCUGCUCGCUUCCUCACAUCUCCCUGCUCGCUUCCUCACAUCUCCCUGCUCGCUUCCUCACAUCUCCCUGCUCGCUUCCUCACAUCUCCCUGCUCGCUUCCUCACAUCUCCCUGCUCGCUUCCUCACAUCUCCCUGCUCGCUUCCUCACAUCUCCCUGCUCGCUUCCUCACAUCUCCCUGCUCGCUUCCUCACAUCUCCCUGCUCGCUUCCUCACAUCUCCCUGCUCGCUUCCUCACAUCUCCCUGCUCGCUUCCUCACAUCUCCCUGCUCGCUUCCUCACAUCUCCCUGCUCGCUUCCUCACAUCUCCCUGCUCGCUUCCUCACAUCUCCCUGCUCGCUUCCUCACAUCUCCCUGCUCGCUUCCUCACAUCUCCCUGCUCGCUUCCUCACAUCUCCCUGCUCGCUUCCUCACAUCUCCCUGCUCGCUUCCUCACAUCUCCCUGCUCGCUUCCUCACAUCUCCCUGCUCGCUUCCUCACAUCUCCCUGCUCGCUUCCUCACAUCUCCCUGCGCGCUUCCUCACAUCUCCCUGCUCGCUUCCUCACAUCUCCCUGCGCGCUUCCUCACAUCUCCCUGCGCGCUUCCUCACAUCUCCCUGCUCGCUUCCUCACAUCUCCCUGCUCGCUUCCUCACAUCUCCCUGCUCGCUUCCUCACAUCUCCCUGCGCGCUUCCUCACAUCUCCCUGCUCGCUUCCUCACAUCUCCCUGCUCGCUUCCUCACAUCUCCCUGCUCGCUUCCUCACAUCUCCCUGCUCGCUUCCUCACAUCUCCCUGCUCGCUUCCUCACAUCUCCCUGCUCGCUUCCUCACAUCUCCCUGCUCGCUUCCUCACAUCUCCCUGCUCGCUUCCUCACAUCUCCCUGCUCGCUUCCUCACAUCUCCCUGCUCGCUUCCUCACAUCUCCCUGCUCGCUUCCUCACAUCUCCCUGCUCGCUUCCUCACAUCUCCCUGCUCGCUUCCUCACAUCUCCCUGCUCGCUUCCUCACAUCUCCCUGCUCGCUUCCUCACAUCUCCCUGCUCGCUUCCUCACAUCUCCCUGCUCGCUUCCUCACAUCUCCCUGCUCGCUUCCUCACAUCUCCCUGCUCGCUUCCUCACAUCUCCCUGCUCGCUUCCUCACAUCUCCCUGCUCGCUUCCUCACAUCUCCCUGCUCGCUUCCUCACAUCUCCCUGCUCGCUUCCUCACAUCUCCCUGCUCGCUUCCUCACAUCUCCCUGCUCGCUUCCUCACAUCUCCCUGCUCGCUUCCUCACAUCUCCCUGCUCGCUUCCUCACAUCUCCCUGCUCGCUUCCUCACAUCUCCCUGCUCGCUUCCUCACAUCUCCCUGCUCGCUUCCUCACAUCUCCCUGCUCGCUUCCUCACAUCUCCCUGCUCGCUUCCUCACAUCUCCCUGCUCGCUUCCUCACAUCUCCCUGCUCGCUUCCUCACAUCUCCCUGCUCGCUUCCUCACAUCUCCCUGCUCGCUUCCUCACAUCUCCCUGCUCGCUUCCUCACAUCUCCCUGCUCGCUUCCUCACAUCUCCCUGCUCGCUUCCUCACAUCUCCCUGCUCGCUUCCUCACAUCUCCCUGCUCGCUUCCUCACAUCUCCCUGCUCGCUUCCUCACAUCUCCCUGCUCGCUUCCUCACAUCUCCCUGCGCGCUUCCUCACAUCUCCCUGCGCGCUUCCUCACAUCUCCCUGCUCGCUUCCUCACAUCUCCCUGCUCGCUUCCUCACAUCUCCCUGCUCGCUUCCUCACAUCUCCCUGCUCGCUUCCUCACAUCUCCCUGCUCGCUUCCUCACAUCUCCCUGCUCGCUUCCUCACAUCUCCCUGCUCGCUUCCUCACAUCUCCCUGCUCGCUUCCUCACAUCUCCCUGCUCGCUUCCUCACAUCUCCCUGCUCGCUUCCUCACAUCUCCCUGCUCGCUUCCUCACAUCUCCCUGCUCGCUUCCUCACAUCUCCCUGCUCGCUUCCUCACAUCUCCCUGCUCGCUUCCUCACAUCUCCCUGCUCGCUUCCUCACAUCUCCCUGCUCGCUUCCUCACAUCUCCCUGCUCGCUUCCUCACAUCUCCCUGCUCGCUUCCUCACAUCUCCCUGCUCGCUUCCUCACAUCUCCCUGCUCGCUUCCUCACAUCUCCCUGCUCGCUUCCUCACAUCUCCCUGCUCGCUUCCUCACAUCUCCCUGCUCGCUUCCUCACAUCUCCCUGCUCGCUUCCUCACAUCUCCCUGCUCGCUUCCUCACAUCUCCCUGCUCGCUUCCUCACAUCUCCCUGCUCGCUUCCUCACAUCUCCCUGCUCGCUUCCUCACAUCUCCCUGCUCGCUUCCUCACAUCUCCCUGCUCGCUUCCUCACAUCUCCCUGCUCGCUUCCUCACAUCUCCCUGCUCGCUUCCUCACAUCUCCCUGCUCGCUUCCUCACAUCUCCCUGCUCGCUUCCUCACAUCUCCCUGCUCGCUUCCUCACAUCUCCCUGCUCGCUUCCUCACAUCUCCCUGCUCGCUUCCUCACAUCUCCCUGCUCGCUUCCUCACAUCUCCCUGCUCGCUUCCUCACAUCUCCCUGCUCGCUUCCUCACAUCUCCCUGCUCGCUUCCUCACAUCUCCCUGCUCGCUUCCUCACAUCUCCCUGCUCGCUUCCUCACAUCUCCCUGCUCGCUUCCUCACAUCUCCCUGCUCGCUUCCUCACAUCUCCCUGCUCGCUUCCUCACAUCUCCCUGCUCGCUUCCUCACAUCUCCCUGCUCGCUUCCUCACAUCUCCCUGCUCGCUUCCUCACAUCUCCCUGCUCGCUUCCUCACAUCUCCCUGCUCGCUUCCUCACAUCUCCCUGCUCGCUUCCUCACAUCUCCCUGCUCGCUUCCUCACAUCUCCCUGCUCGCUUCCUCACAUCUCCCUGCUCGCUUCCUCACAUCUCCCUGCUCGCUUCCUCACAUCUCCCUGCUCGCUUCCUCACAUCUCCCUGCUCGCUUCCUCACAUCUCCCUGCUCGCUUCCUCACAUCUCCCUGCUCGCUUCCUUACAUCUCCCUGCUCGCUUCCUCACAUCUCCCUGCGCGCUUCCUCACAUCUCCCUGCUCGCUUCCUCACAUCUCCCUGCGCGCUUCCUCACAUCUCCCUGCUCGCUUCCUCACAUCUCCCUGCUCGCUUCCUCACAUCUCCCUGCUCGCUUCCUCACAUCUCCCUGCGCGCUUCCUCACAUCUCCCUGCUCGCUUCCUCACAUCUCCGUGCGCGCUUCCUCACAUCUCCCUGCGCGCUUCCUCACAUCUCCCUGCUCGCUUCCUCACAUCUCCCUGCUCGCUUCCUCACAUCUCCCUGCUCGCUUCCUCACAUCUCCCUGCUCGCUUCCUCACAUCUCCCUGCUCGCUUCCUCACAUCUCCCUGCUCGCUUCCUCACAUCUCCCUGCUCGCUUCCUCACAUCUCCCUGCUCGCUUCCUCACAUCUCCCUGCUCGCUUCCUCACAUCUCCCUGCUCGCUUCCUCACAUCUCCCUGCUCGCUUCCUUGUUGAAAAGCUAGAAGAGAUACAUUGA